CCUUGCUUCUGAUAUGCCCAGCCAGAAGUCUUCUCCCAGUUCGAAUGUUUCUGCGAAUUAGACGUGAUAGUGCCAAAUUCUGUCAAGCGAAAUCAAGGUGACAAUUGGACACUGGAGACUCGCACAUUGCCGUUCGGGAUCCUGCUAUCCGAAUCUGCCACUGUCGAAAACAUCUUCUUCCAUCACUCCUGAAAACGACACUGAAGCUGGGAAGAAUCCACUUCGGAAAUCACGAGACAACAAUGAUUGAAUGAAUGCAUUUGAAAGAAAAUUAGCCUAGCCGUAAUGACAGUCAUCUAAAGAGGGAUGAACGAAACUUCCUACCAUCUCGCGGGUUUGAAAAUGUUCACUUCCCGUCAUCGCCUCGGAACGCCUUCCUUUUUUCUCCCCAAUAACGCUCCGCCCCGACGAAUAUCAAGGAUGAAAUUCUCGGCACCAGGGAAGAUUUACCUAGGCAAGAAUCGCCUCCAGCUGAUGCUUCGUCGACGGGAUAUCAUAUCGUGGUUGCAGCCCUCGCGACUGCCGAAGAAAGAACGAUCUUCUCGCAAAACGACCGAUUUUGAGGAGAGAGGAGCGCGAAAUGUAUGUAAUGCCCGGUUUGGGGCCCUCCCUCCAUUCAACUUCAUAGCCACGAAUUCUCACAGCUGUGUAAAUAUCGCCAAAAGCGGCUGCAGCGCUCGCAGCUUUCCACAACGGCUUCAAAUGCGCGACAAUCGGAUUCCAACUCUGUCGGGGAAGAAAUCUGUGACUGGGAGUUCAAGCUGCAUGAGUUCCGGGGAUUGUAGACCCUCCGAUGCUCGUAAAAAGCAGUGACGGGCUACGAGAAAGUUUCUUUGAGAUUCCGUGCUGUAUGUCUUUAUUGUUGAGCUCUUGUCUAACGAGCUUGGAGUGGCAUAAGUCCCGCUCCUUGGGCUUGUGUCGGAGUUAUUGCGCCGGUCGGGUAGUGGUAGCGCACG